GGAGGAUCUGCUAAUUACACAGAACAGCUCUGGGGGCUGCUGAAGUCCAGAAUGAAGCAAAGAGCAGCAGAAGCGAGUGCUGCAGCGGGAGCAAAGGAGCCCAAGCAUCACCAAGAGCUGGAGCCGGCUGCUGUCCCCACCGGGAGCAACGGGGGGCACCCAGGGGAUCCUGCAGCCCCGUCCCCCCGGGGGACAGCCUCUGGCACAGCCACCAAGCCCACUCCCGGCCCCCCCGCAGCUAGCCCUGGGCGAGGAGAAGGGAAGGGGCUGUUGGUCCCAGGGACGCAGGGUUAAAGUCGGUCCUCCUGUGGCCUGGGCUGGCGGGCAGCGCAGUCAGCCCUGCCAUGGUCCUGGGGGGCUAGGAGCCCGAGUGGAUCCGCCGGGAGGGGGUGAAGGAUGGCUGCUGAAGGAGAGAGAGCCAAGCCUGUCGCCCAGUCCAGGAUGGAGAACUUCCGAAAGGUGAGGACGUCGGAGGAGGAGAGCCCGCUGCCCUUCCCCGACCUGCCCCCAGAUGUGGUGGAGAUGAAGGUGAAGGAGGGCAGCAAGAUCAGGAACCUGAUGAACUUCGCCAUGGCCCAGAUGGAGCUGAAGGGCAGCCGGCAGAUCGUCUUCAGCGGUUGUGGCAGGGCGGUCACCAAGACCAUCACCUGCGUGGAGAUCAUGAAACGGAAGCUGGGAGGUCUUCACCAGGUCACCAAGGUACGCUACAAAACCUUGCUGGAGGUCUGGGAGAACCAGGAGCCGCUGCCCGGCGUCCCGGCGCAGAACCUGACCGUCCACAAGAAUGUCCCCUCCAUCUGCAUCCUGCUCUCCCGAGACCCGCUGGAUCCCAACCAGACGGGCUACCAGCCCCCGGAGCCCCGGCACGGGCUGGGGACGCAGCUCGGCGAUGCAGAAGAUGCGUCGGGCUCCUCCGCCAAGGGGCUGAAGCGGCCUCUGCCACCUCCCCACGAGGAGCUGCUGACCAAGAAGCUCCAGGUACAGGUACCCGACAGCCCGAGGGGCUUGGGGACCGCUGACCGCCAGCCGGACCACCACCACUGACCCCACCACCUCCCGCCCCGACCAGCCGUACGCCGGGUUCGUGGGCAGGAAUAUCCCCCUCCAUAGGCAGGAGAUCGUAAGCUGGAGAAACUCCGGGGGUAUUUUAGCUGCUUUGCUGGGGAUAAAAGCAGUGAGAAGCCUGUGUCAUGCUUGCUCCGGGGUCCCCCCAACACAUCCCCGCGCUCUGCCGCUGCUCCAGCUGACCCCCCUGCAUCGGGGGGGUACCUUGUCCCCAGGUUUGGGGUGAGGGUUAAAGGACUGAAGCAGGGGAGGAUAUGGGGGGGUGGGGGGAAGAAGAGCUGCUGACCCCGCAUUCGGCCACCCAGGGGCAAUGCCACCACCCGCCACAUUUCUGCAGUGACGCCCAGGGAGCCAGAGCACCCGUCGCCUUUCACCGAGGGGUGCCCGGACGGGGGAAGUCGGCUGCCCAUCAUCGCUCCCCGUUGCGAUGUCUCAGCCAUCAGGAGAGACGGUUUUGCCCCAAGCCCGCCGGAGUAAUGCCUUCAUUAUCAAAACCACUGCAAUUACGCCCGGCGAGGAGCUGUCAGAUUUAUUAAUGCCAGGCUCAGCGCCCCGCAGCGCCGUUAUUCAUCCCGAAUAAAACACACAAACAAGCAGACGGGUCGCUCCUUCCCCGCGCCCGCGGAGCCAAGCGCUGUGCUGCCUGCCUGCGGGACAGCAGAAGAAAAUAAAACAACCCUUCUUCUUCUUUCCCCAUCAGAUAUUCAGGUCUUUGCUCUCCCGGAGGUUUUUGUAGGGACUGGAGCUGGGGUGAAGCCCCGGUGUCGGGAGCUGGGGGCAGUGGGAACGUUAGGUGGGCUGUUGUUACGGCUGGAUGCGGUGCCCGAUGCGGGACGGGGAGGUUUUGGGGUCGUGAGCUUGGCUGCAGAGCCCUCACCACGGGCUGGCUCCCUGGGAAAGCUCUUGGGAGCAAAAUCCCUGCUUCUUCCAGCGGGUAAAGGGAGAAAUUAUGAAUGGAAAAUAAAAGCUCUUUAGAAAUAGCUGAAA